AUGAAAUUCGAAUCAUUACCUAACGAAAUAUUACUUGAUCUAUUCGAUUAUUUCAAUGGUAUUGAUCUUCUUCAUGCAUUUAAUGGUCUCAAUUAUCAUUUCAAUUCUCUUCUCUAUAAACAAUAUCAAUCUUAUCAUUUUAAAUUUAAUUCAAUAUCUAAAUAUAAUUUUGAUACAAUAUGUUCCCAACAUUUACCAUUUAUUACUGAUCGAAUUAUUAGUCUUAGUCUUUCUGAUAAUGAAAAAACUCCUGGACAAAUUAAUUUAUUUCGCUCGUACAUAUCAUCAUUUAGUCAAUUUACUCGAUUACGAUCACUUUCUAUUUAUCAUCUUCAUUCAUAUGAUACAUUAAUGAAAAUCGUCGACGAAUGUCAUCAUCUUAACUAUCUCACUUAUUUAAAUUUUUACUCUUAUUUUUCUCGUUUUCAAUAUAAUCAAAAGGAUUUUCAAUCAAUUGUCAACAAUAUAUGGAAUUUUCCUCAACUUACUCAUUGCAAUGUUGAUAUUUCCAUACAAGGAUAUAAUUUUUUUUCCAUUCCAACAAAAAUCUCAACAUCUCUCAAAUAUUUAAAUAUGUAUAAUAAUAAACUUACGUGGAAUCAAAUAAAUAAAUUAUUUGAAUAUACACCUUAUAUUAAAUAUCUUUCGAUAAUAAUUUUUUCUGGUAUUAAUGUUUAUUAUAUACCAUCUUCUUCUUUUCCAACAUUAAUCGAUUUAAAGAUUAGUAUUUAUCAUAUGUCUGAUACUUCGAAAAUAAUUUCAUUUUUACAAAAUACACCUAAUCUACAUCGUUUGAAUAUUACUUUAUGGUGGAAAUUUAUCAAUGGUCAUCAAUGGGAACAUGUCAUUUGUAACUAUUUACCAAAAUUGAAAGUAUUUCAACUUCGAAUGAAUGAUACAUUUUAUAAUGUUAAUAUAGAAGAAAAAGCAAAUGAAUUAGUUAACUCAUUUCGAAGUUCAUUUUGGAUUGAUGAACAUAAUUGGUUUAUUCGAUGUAUUACAUCAGACAAUACAAUUCAUCUUUAUACUUUAUCAAAAUUAUUCAAUUAUUAUGAAUUAAAACAUCCUGAUUUGUUACAAUCGACAUAUCUGCAUGAUAAUCAACAAGAGUUUUAUAAUAACAUAACUUCGAUCAUGUUCGAUUAUUUUUUUAAUUCAUCAAUUCCAUCCAAUAUAAGUUUACCAAACAUUCAAGAACUUGAUAUAAAAUUUCCUAUCAAUAAUCAAUUUUGGUCUAUAGUUCCAAAUUUAAAACGACUUCAUUCACUUAAAAUAUUGUCUUAUACUGAUGAGUUUUAUUCUCAAUUACAAUUUUUACUUGAUCAAGCACAUCAUCUUUCUAGAUUAGCUGUUCAUCAAGAUCUUUCAUUGCCAUUUCAAUUAUCAUUAUUCAAAUUAAUAAAUAAAACAGAUCGUAUUCUGAAUUUAAAUAAUUAUUAUUGUUUUAAUGAAGAAAAAUGUGUUACAUUGAAUUCUUCAUUAUUGGGUAUCCAAUGUCAAAUACUUUAUGUUCGAAUUGAAUAUCUUGAAAGUGUUAUUAUUAUUUGUAAAAAUAUGAUCAAUCUCCGAGUAUUAUAUGUUAAAUGUACAGAUGGAAAAAAUACCGUAUACUUGCCAAAACCAAAGAAGAAUGAUCAAUUUUUCAAUGUGAAACAGAUAAACAUAGAUGAAGUUAUUAAAUGGUUAAAAGAUCGUUUACCAUCAACGUAUUUGAUCGUAGAAGAUCCAAAUUGGUCCUAUCAUCUUCAAAUAUGGAUCAAAUAA